AUGCGAUCACUUACAGUCUUCCUCUUUGCCUUGGUGUUAAUGGUGCUUGGUGUACAUUCAAGCCCUGAACGCCCAAGUCAGCAUCAGCAAGGCGUUGACAAGAGCUGUGACGAGACGAAGAGCAGCACUACGCUGAAGAACGUGGGAGGAGGUGUCGGUUCUACCACAUCGCAUUCAUCGACGGGUUCAACCACCGGAAUACCAGCAUCUACAUCCUUGACGAGCACUAUCACCACCACCAUCACCUCGACCAGAACCAACACAGUGACAGUCACCAGCCCUCCUCCAAGUGGUUCUUGUGCAUUGAGCAGUGCUACCACUGGCAUUCCAAUCACCACAUCUCCCGUUGUUCCUACAGCUAACAACAAAACUGUUGCUCUGAAUACAACCACAUCCACCAAACAUCUUACCAAUGUGACCAAUUCUACACACCCAGCGACAUCAGCACCAAAUGCUACAGUACCCAAGCCGACAAUUAGCCCAACCAUCUCUGGUUUUCAGGGUGCGGCUGCUGCCUUGUCAAGUCAGUCUCCAGCAUCCGUCUUUGCUCUUGGCUGCUUGGUUUUCAUGGCAGCUUUAUUGGCAUAA